AUGCCUCCCUUCCAGUCGAAGAAGUUCCGGCCGGCGACAACGGCCGCCUCGUCGCUGGGCGAGCGCAUCGGUGCGAAGUACCGGGCCAACCUAUCGAGACACCCGUUCUUACUCUUCGGACUACCCUUCAUGAGUGUGAUGCUGGCGGGCUCAUUCUUCCUGACACCGGCGACGGCACUGCGCUACGAAAGACACGAUCGCCGGGUGCAGCAGUUGGGUAAGGAGGAGGCUAUGGCCCUCGGACUCAGGGGCGCGGACGAGGAUGCAAGCCAGCUGCGGCGGAACCCACGGCGGCGAAUCCUAGGCGAUGAGCGUGAGGAGUACUACAAACUGAUGGCCAAGGACCUCGACAGCUGGGAGCAGAAGCGGGUACAGCGCUUCAAGGGUGAACCAGACGGCCGUAUAGUCUGA